ACAAUCUGCGGCACGGGCGCGAUGAUCAUGCCUACGUUUUGGAGGAGAGUGCAUUCGAGGGUGAGUAUGGUGUGGCUGGGGCACUGAAUCCUGAGCUGAUUGAGAUGAUGAUUGCAACUCCACCACUCAUCCGGUCAUCUGUUGCGUUCUGGUUCUGGUUCUGGUUUCCGCUAAAGGUGAGAAGCACACGAUCGAGGCGCACCUGAAGGUGCGGCACGCCCUCAAGGUGCACGAGGGUCGCUACCAGUGCACCCAUCGCUACAGCAGCUACCACAUGCUGCACGUGCGCGAUCCCAAGGGAGCGGCGGGAGGAGGAGGGGGAGCGGGAGCGGGCGAACCCACCGAGUCCGGCUACCAGACCAUCGACGAGCUGACGUCCAAUUCGGCGGGUGACUUCUUCACACGCAAGUGGCAGGAGCAGCAGCAGUUGCCCCACCAGUCGCACAAGCAGCACAAGUCGCAUUUGGGCUAUGGCAACGCCACUCUAUCCGGAUCCCAGCCCUGGCAUCCAUCGGCGGGAGGAGGUGGUGGUGGUGGUGGGAUCCAUCACAUUUACUCGGCCACGCCGCCGGACUUUCCACCGCCGCGCCUCAAUCUGCUCGAGCACACGGUGGCGCCACCGGAGCCACCCACUAUACUGUACAAUCAGACGAAUCCCACUGCCAGCGCCACUGCCACGGAGGCCAGUCUGCUCCUAACGACGGCGCACCACCACGCCCACCACCAGCAGCAGUUGCAACAGCAGGCGCAGCAUACGCUGAACGCCUUCCAGCUGCCAAUGCCGCCGCGACCACAUAAUCCUGGCCAGAACGAGCGAUACCAGACGUAUGCGCCGCACUUUGUCCCUCCGGUGGUGGGAACUGUAUCGGGACAUGUCCAGGGAUCGGGAACGGGAUAUGGAUCUGGAUACGGUUCUUCAGCAUCAUCUGGAUCUGGAUCGGGAGAGCAAACCACCAUUGCAGCAGCCACCAGCACAAAGGCCAUGAUGGGUGGAGGCGGCGGUGGUUUUGCGGGUGCCAAUGCCCCAAUGUUGGGUGCUGGUGGCCACAUGCUGAUGGGUGGCCAGGUGCACCAGGUGCAUCUGCAGCACCAGACGCUCUUGCCCGUCAAGAUGGGUGAGCCACAUACACACACACACCCACAGACACGAAAACACACACACGCAAAACACACACGAAACACCCACAAAACAUGUUAUUAAAGUUCUACUUGUAAAAUGCCCACUUUGUUGUUGUUCGUUUUUGGCUUUUAUCUCGCUCGCGCCGAUUGAAACUGCCAUUGUAAUUGUUAUCGUAUCAAAAACUUUAGCCCUGCUCCCAUUUUCAAAAGUUAUAAAGAUUUUUAAGAUAUGCAGUUUUUAUAGAUGUUUUGGUAAAUAAGGUUAUCUGAAUACAAGGCUUAAAUUUUUCAAUCUCACACUUAAUCUUCAAUCUGUUACUUGUUGAGCAUUUUAAACAAAAUUCAUAAUAUAUUCAUAUAAUAAUUUAAUCCUAAUUUAAUGCUAAUUUUUAGAAACUGAUUUAUAGGUAAUAACUCCCCAUAAAGGCGUCUUAAAGUAGGCUACAAAAUAAUUGAUCUAAACUAUCUAGCGAUUUAAAAACGCCAAAAUCUUUUAAUUUGUUGUUUUGAAAAUGGGAACAAGGUCGAGUGUCAUCGCUGCAAUUGUUCGCCCACCCAACCCAAACCAACCCCACCCACUCGCUCUGUCUCUUUCGAACUGCAUCUGAUCUCAGCUCUGGCACCACACCCCUUCCCCCUCGCUCUCGCGCUCUCCUUCAUCAGUACUUUUAGCUUGCUCUCGCAGUCUUUUUCCAUUUGCAUCAACCUCGCUAGUCUAAUUUUGGUGUUGUUGGUUUUUAAUUAAACGUUAAUCGCUCGCCUAGCCAAUUCGCCCUCUCGCUCGCAACCUUUCAGUGUGAUUUUGGCUCGCUCUCGCUCUCGCCCAUACACACACUGGCCACACACCCACACAUACACAUAUGGUCACACCUUUAAGUUUAGCUUGAGUUGUUUGCUUAAACUUUUUCAUCAUUGCCGCUGCUCUUUCUUUGUCUUUGUGCUUUACAUUCUCUUGAUUUCAUUUGUUGCCUUGUCCAGUUAUCUCUGUCCUUUGUUUUUCUUUGGCUUUCUUUAACUUUCCUUGCCUCUUUCUUCUUCUAUCCCCCUUUGUUUUCUGUUUUCCUUGGUUAUUCCUAACUUACGCUUUAGUUGUUUACUCUGAUUGUUGAACACACAACUGGCAGGUGCAUCGAUUUCGAUUUCUAUUUCAAUUCCGAUUCCGAUUCGAAUUUGAUUGGCAGCCAGUUUUGCGAUGACGCAUAAGUUUACAAUUGGCAGCGUUUUGGCUUACGAGCUGAUUAUAAUCAAUCAGACUGCCCGAUAAGGCGGAAAAAACAACACGUGACGAGUCGCUGAUUCUCUUUCUCUCGCUUUCUUGCUUGCGCUUCUUGUCUAUCGAGCCAGUCGAUAAACCGAGAAUCGAUCUAAAUGUUCUAACUUAACCGAUAAAUUAAUCAACUAUACAUACCAAAAACUAAUCAAACAUAAACGUAAAUAAUCAAAGUAAUCUCAAAUUCAUACGCAGCGUAAAAUGAAGUUUAUUUGAUUUCAGUCCAAGUUUCGAAAUAGUACGAUAAUGUGUUUUAUACCAAAUAGGAUCAAUAAAAUUCGAUUGACCAAAUUGUAUGCCCUUUUGUUUUUUUAUACGUAUUCUUUAGUUAUAGUUUUAGUUUUACGAAUAUACUUAUUAUUAUUAUUUCGCUCCACCUUUUAUUUGGUAUUAGCGAUUUGUGUGUUGCUAAAUCAUCAUUACUCUCCUAAGCAAUUUAGUCAGUAUCCAAAACUGAUACUCAAGCUCUCAUUUCUCAGUCAAAAAACAAAAAAAAAAAAAAAAAAUCUGAAACCAAAAAUCUCUCCAAAAAAGCUCCACCAAACCCCUCAUACUUUUAAGCUCGUUCUCAAUUUAUUCCUAUAAGCAAAUAUAUUUAUAUUUAUAUACAAGUUAUUAGAUUAAACUUUGUUUAAGCAGUUCUUUAUGUAAACGUUUUCUCGUAUCCCAAUAUUAGAACGCCAUACCAUGCUGACCAAGACUCGACUAAUCUUUUGCAUCUAUCUAUACAAUCUUCAGAUAAGCUGGUGCCAAACUAUGAUAAUAUCGAGCAU